AUGGGAUCCAGAUGUUCAUGCCUAUCAGGAAAACAUAAGAAUUAAAAUUAGACGGUGCAGGUGGACAGCAUGAUGGGUGGUGAAAAUGCUCCUAGCAAGCGAAGUAUACCAUUUCAAUGGGAAAGCCUGCCAAAACAAGAGGUUUUUUCUCCCUAAGGUUUCCCUAUCCUUGUCAGAUGGAUUAGAUUGCUUUGCUUAUCUCAUGGUUGGUUGAGCAUGAACUCGCUUCCCUCACCUCAAUACAAAACUGCCUAAUCAUGAUAAUAAGAAAUAUAUGCGAUAUUGAGUAUUGGAGUUUCUAAACUAUUUAAACGCGAUUUAUAGCAUGUCUGCACAUAUAUUUAAUACUUUAUUCAUAUCCCUAGUGCUUGCAGUCAUGAAUCCUGCGUAAUUUUGCUUUAAAAUGAAUAAACACAAAUAGAUCAAUUCAAGCAUAAUUAUGUAUAAAAGACAUAUAUGAUCUAGCAUCGUUUGCGCUAAUUAAUGAGUUUUAAAAGAUAUACUUCUUUUUCUUGGAGUGGCGCUGCAAGCGCAGGCCACUCCAUGCGGAAUUCCCUGUGUGGUUUAACCAACAUAGGAGUUGGUCGAACCAAAACUGUGCGUUGGUUCGACCCAACCCAUGAAUUCCGCAUGGAGUGGCCUGCGCUUGCAGCGCCACUCCAAGGAGGUUUCUAUAUAACCUGCUUAUUUAACUUGUUUUACAUAUAAAAAUAUAAUAUAUAUAAUAUGGAUUUAAUACGAAAAUAUGAGACAAAUUGCUAGCCAUAUAAAAAUUCUGCAAGCAUUAGGGAUAUGAAAUAUCAUGCUUGCAUAGCUUAGCAGCGCUAAUACUCAAUAUCUAAUAUAUUUCUUAUUACCAAGAUGAGGCAGUUUGAUAUUGAGAGUGGUUUCGUUCUUGACUCAGAUCUUUCCUUAUCGGGGCCAGCGGGCAAUCUUUCAAACUGCUGCUAAGUCCGAGGUAGUUAAUAUCUUGGAGAGAUGGCUCAGAUUGGAAUUAAAAAUUGCCACAUUUGAAUGGAGACUGGAUUUUUUGAGCCGAAGCAAGGCAAUGGUCAGUGAUUACCGCUUAUGGCAGACAGUUAAUCUUUAUCUCAGGAAACGUUACAGAUGUUAAAUCAAUGGAAAUUUACCCAGAUACAAGAGUAAAUACCUUGGAGCAUAUUCCAGAUGACCUCAAUCUCUUUGAAUUCUCUCUAUAUCCUCAAGAAUCUCAAUCAAGUCCUACAUUCUGUGGAAACAUAAUUAUUAAAAGUGUAGUCCGAGGCCACAUAGCCCGAAGGAAUUUGGCAAAAUUAAAACCCAAGACCAAAUCUUUUCCUUUUCCUUUAUUCAAAGGUGACCUUGAUUCGAAGCAAGCGCCAUCCGUAAAAGCUCUAGAAACUAAAUACGGCCAACUAACCCUCCCUUUCAAAUCUUAUGAUUCCAUCGAUGUCCAAUUCAAGCCAGCUGUUUUACUUGAAAAUGGAAACAUUUAUGAAGGCGAAUGAGAUUUAGACCGUCUGCGACCACAUGGCCGAGGAAUCGAAAUUUUGCCUAACGGCACAAAAUAUGUGGGCUACUUUAGAAAACGUAAAUGGUACGGACUCGGACGAAUUAUUUACCCUAAUGGCACUAUGUAUCAAGGCAAAUUUAAAAGAGGGGAAACCAAAGGUCAGGGAAUAAUAGUAACUCAAGAUGGCGAAGAAUAUGAAGGAAUUUGCAAACAUGGACUUCCAAAUGGAUUUGGCAAGCAAAAAUGCAUUAACGGGAACAUCUACGAAGGCGCAUUCGUAAAUGGGAAGCGUGAAGGCAAAGGAAAACUGAUAUUAACUGAUGGAAGUGUUUAUGAAGGAGAUUUCAAAAAUAAUUAUAUUGAAGGAAAUGGCAAAUUUUGCUGGAGCAAUGGAAACAAAUACGAUGGUGAUUGAAUUGGUGGGAAAAUGGAAGGCAAAGGGACUUUUAUAUGAAAUGAUGGAAGAAAAUAUUGUGGCGAUUUUGUGAACGAUAAUAAGCAUGGAGUUGGAGAUUUUUAUUGGCCUGAUGGAAGAGUUUAUAAAGGGCAUUGAAACCAUGGAAAGCAGGAUGGAAUAGGAGUUUAUACUUUUGUUGAUCAAAACAAAACUAUGAAAGGACUAUGGAAUAAAGGAAAGCGCGUUAAAUGACUGUAA